AUAUACGUAUUACUGUGAUAAUAUUUUAAUGAAAAUUAUAUCGAUUCAGAAAGGUAUACAAUUCUUUGCUACAAAAGAGUUAAUUUGUAACCAUUCAAUUUUCCCUAUAUAAUUGCAUUGUUUAUUCGAAAAGAUGUGUAUAAUAUAUUUUACAUGUUUCUUUUUAGUAUCAAUAACAUUGAUAAUUCUAGUAAAAAAAAAUAUAUAUUAUAAUAUAAAAUAGUAUCUGAUUUUUAAGUAUAAGUCUAUCAUUACGAAUUAAGAGCUUGGUUGCUAAUAAAUUACAAUAUACUUAAAAAAUAAAUAAUGUUAAUUAUUAUUAGACCCUAAUACUUUGAUUUAAGUAGGUUUGAUUGUCUACACUACAGUGAUUUAUAAUACCAAUUACAAUCUUCAAAGUCAAAAAAUUCUUUCUUAUUUCAAUAAAAAAAGUUUAUUGAGUAAUUAGGGUUUUAUCACAAAAAGUUAUAAAUAUUCAUUUAAAAGGAUCAUGUAAAAUUCGUAGAUACAGAAUGGAUAAUUAUUGAACGCUUCUUUUAAGUUACAUUGUUUCGGUAAUAAAUUUAUCGGUAACAAAGUAUACAAUUUUUUUUAUGAAUAUGUAAGUGAUGUUGUCUGGUGUGACAUUUGUUUGUUUGGAAGGUAACUGUGAAAAUAUAAUCGUUGUGCCGAAUCGUAUAACUACAAAAUUUGAUAAUAGAUAAUUGUAUCAAUUGCCUAUUGUGCAUAGUGACGACGUUAUCUGUGUUUGGCUACAGGGAUGUUCCUACCUUUACUGACAACGGGUGACAUAACCUAACCUAUGCACCUGCGUACAGUCAUGUAUUAAUAUCUCUACUGCUUUGUAAAUAAAUGAAUACAGCAAGUAGGUUGUUACGGAAAAUUCACACUGCGAGUCUUGACAUCUCCUUUAAACUCCACCAUCGUGAAGCUAAGAGUUCUUACCAUGAUAUCGUCCCGUCUCCGACCCCUCGCAUACCCGGAGUAGCAACGAAACAAGCGUUUUUGAGAAACCUUUCCAAGACCGUCCCGUUAUCUCGAACACCGACGACGACCACCACGACGACGACGACGACCACCCGCUGCAACUUGAUGGAAACCGUGGCGAGCACCGUCGUGCAAUCGAAAUUCAAUCAGGCAUCGAUGGAGACGUUUCUCGAGACGUACUACAAUAACAGCUGCGACACGCCGAUCAACUUCUCGAGCGAAAAUUUAGAGUGCGACGCCGACCCGCAGACCGUCGGCACCGCCGACGACCCGUGCGAGGACGUGACGAUGUCUUUGAAAGAUAAGUAUAAGGCGGACAGGCAGAACUAUAAGACGAUGAGACAGUGGACGCUGAUCAAAAAAGAGAAGCUGGCCUCUAAUUCCGAGGAGUUCUUCAUCGUGAGACUGCUCUCGUUCAACAUUUUGGCGCAGUGUCUGCUGGACACUUAUCCGUUUCUGUACAAGGGUCACGACAAACGGGCACUAUCUUGGAAGAUUAGGAGGCAGCUUCUCUUGCAAGAGAUUCUAGGAGCGCAGGCUAAUGUGAUAUGCCUUCAAGAGAUGCAAGAGGAUCAUUUGCAAGAGUUUCUGGUCCCGUUCACAGAACUGGGGUACAAUUAUAUCUACAAGAAGAGAACAAAUGACAAGAAAGAUGGCUUACUUUUUCUUUAUCGGUCCGACCAAUUUAUUCUGUUGGACUAUGCGAAAGUUGAGCUCUACCAGUCUGGCAUAGAGCUAUUGAGCAGAGACAAUGUUGGGAUCAUCGCGAAAUUGGCGGUUAAGGAUAGCCCUGAGACACAGUUGGUGAUCGCCACAACUCAUUUACUUUAUAAUCCCAAACGAAAUGACGUGAGACUGGGACAGACACAGCUCCUCCUAGCAGAAAUUGAAAGGAUAGCAUUCCUAGGGAAUACAUUGACAGGCGCUAAAUACUUACCAAUCAUACUGUCAGGGGAUUUCAAUUUAAUACCAUAUUCUGGAGUGUACAGAUUCAUUACGGACGGAAUGUUUGAAUACCAAGGAAAAGGAAAAAAUCUUGAGCACACGCAAUUUCGAUCCCUCUCGAAUUCUUUGAUCCCACCUCGACUCUGUAUCACGGAUAACUGCCAACAUUUUAAUAUAUUAAAAAAACGGUUACGGGGAAAAGGCUCUCCUACAGUAAUGUUAGAAAAUAGCGAGCGGCCGAAUUUAGAAGAAAAUUUAUCAGAUAAUAAUUUAACUACCUGCAGCGAAGUGAACGCUGACACAUUAGACCGUCAGGUGAUAGAAGUUGUGCGUGGUUGUCAGGCAAACUUCUCUUCUGGUACCCUCACGCAUCCAUUCCACUUCUCCAGUGUAUAUAAACAUCAGAAUCAUCAAGGGAAAUGGGAAGCUACAACUAACCAAGGGACGUGGAUUACAGUUGACUACAUUUUUUAUAGUAAUUUAGAGCCGUUAGAGAGAUACCGGUUGCCGACCGUCGAAGAAUGCGACACUUUGCCCACUAUACCGAACUUCGCGGUUGGCAGUGACCAUUUUUGUUUAGGAGCAACAUUCAAGGUACGCAAAGCAAAACUUUAGAAGAACGAUUUACGAAGGAUUAUUAUAAAAUAUAACAAAACGUUUCUGUAAGUCGCAGAUAAGAAAAAUUCUUGUAUUAAUUGUAUCAAUGUAGGACACAAUACACAGAGUGAUAAAGUUAUUUUAUUUUGAAACGAAGAAGAAUUAUUUUCAUUUCUUUUCCUUAGCGGGGACACGUAAGAUGUUAUUGUUUCUAAUUUCUCCUGCAGUGUAGACUAUAAUGUAUAGUUCAUAGAAAUGAAACUGUUGACUUAAAAUCUAGAAGGUAAUUAUUUAAAACAGAGUCGUUACGUUUUAAGUGCAAUAGACGUUACCAUCUUUACAAUUCGAAUCAUAAGUUACUAGUACUGAUUUAGGUUUUUUCUUUUUUUAUUGUAAUAUGUAUAUGUAUAUAUAUAUAACGACAUAUAUGACAAGAACAUUUUCAAAGAGAUUUGUGAUAACAUUUGAAAUUGACAUACAUCGAACACUAUCCGAUCGCAUUUUUCACCUUUUGGAUUACACUGUCUCAGUACAAAAAGAACUUUCAUUGCGUACAUAAUUAGAUAGAUGAAAAGUGUAUCAAAUAUUUUUGUAUUAUCUGUGAUGAUGUAUAAGCUAAUAAAGGUAGAGGGGUCAGGCGGAAUACA